CGCAGAGGAAAAGCGGAGAGUUGUGAAGCCUUCAUCUCUCGCGAGGAAGGACGCCAUUAUCGGAAUCCCUACAAACAACACGAGAAUUCAUCCUUCACACGGCUUGAAUGAUGUCAGAGCAGGAUCUAGUGGAGAUAGUCCAAAUAGCUGUAGCAGACUUAAAUCAUGAGGAUCAUGACGGAGACGUGCUGGAGAACCAUGAGGAGGCCGAUAAGCCUGAGCGGAAGCGGGCGAGGAUGGAAAGCAGUAAUCAGGAUGCAACUCUUAAGACGAUGCUGGUGUCCAUCAGCCAGGCCAUCUGCCAGAGGCUGGACAGCAUGGAGACCAAACUGCAGGUACUGGAGGCUACAUGUCGAGCUCUAGAAGAGAAGCUUGACACAGUAAUGGGCAAAAACCAUGGGCCUAUCCAGGUCCCGAUGGUGGCUGGAUCUCCUUUCGGUGCAACACAAACCUGUGACAAAGUUCGCUGUAUGGUGCCACAGACCAAUGUGGUGGUGAGUAGUGAACGCUCUAAAGCUGGCCAGGAAGAGACAAUACCCCGCGCAACAGACUCUCUGGAGAACCUACUCAGCAAAACUCUUGAUUUACACGGAUGUCAGCCUUUUGAGUUUGAAGCCAAAAAGUCUUAUGCUAGUGACUGUGAGCCAUUAACAGUUGACUGUUCGGCUGGCAGCACGGUAGGCAGAGGAAGGCAAAAAACAAUCGUGCUGAAGGUCCCGGGGCCAGAACAGAGCCAGGAAGAACAGGACAGUGGCUCAGAGGCCAGCGACUCUGUGUCCAACAGCGGCCAAUCCUCAGGCCAAAACACCAACAACGUCACACUCAUCACUCUCAACUCAGAAGAAGACUACCCGUCAGGAACAUGGCUGGGGGAUGAGAAUAAUCCGGAAAUGCGUGUGCGCUGCCCUGUGUCAGCGGCUGACAUGUUGCACAUCAGCAGCAACUGUCGCACACCAGAGAAGAUGGCCCUCACGCUGCUGGACUACCUGUUCCACCGUGAAGUGCAGGCUGUCUCCAACCUAUCCGGCCAGGGCAAGCAUGGCAAGAAGCAGCUGGACCCGCUCAUGAUCUACGGCAUCCGCUGUCAUCUGUUUCACAAGUUCACGAUCACAGAGUCUGACUGGUACCGCAUCAAGCAGAGCAUUGAUUCGAAGUGCCGCACAGCAUGGAGGCGGAAACAGCGAGGACAGAGCCUAGCCGUCAAGAGCUUUUCUCGCAGAGCGCCUGCUGCCCGCACCAGUGGAGAGGGAGUCUCUGUAACAGAAACAGCAUCUAUAGACUCUUCUACCCAGCAGGCUUUGCAGUAUGCACUGGCUGGUGCUGCCCAGCAGGUUCAGAUCCACCGCAUAGGAGAGGAUGGACAGGUGCAGGUGAUUCCACAGGGACACCUCCACAUCGCUCAGGUGCCACAGGGAGAGCAGGUGCAGAUCACACAGGACAGUGAGGGCAAUCUGCAAAUUCACCAGGUUCAUGUUGGACAGGAUGGACAGAGCUGGCUGGGAGAAGGAGGGAAAGAUGGAAGGAAAGUGAGAGAAAGCAAGAGCGGAAGAGGGAGGGAGGAUUGGGCAACACCUCCACGAUGAACCAGGUGCAGUGCUGGAAAGAUUUGAGUACUUUUAGGCCAAGAGCUGUCAGGCUUUGUUUGUCCCAAACCGGACACAGACAGUGCCUUUAAGCUGAGGUCUCCACAGACCAGUGCAUCUUGGGUCUUGGGCCUUGCAGUCGAGUAGUAUGAGCCUGUAAAGCAAUGUUUGAGCAGGAUUAGUUUAACCGGAGGAAGUUCCAUAAUGCAUUUUGUUAGGGAUUUGACUUGCCGAUUCAUAUGGGGUAAAGUAUCUGUGAAAUUUCCCGAAAUUAGCCCAGAUAGACCUUAAUGAAAACACCAUAACCCAGACAUAAACUGUAGCGAUUUAUUCAGUAACAAUAAAAACACAGUGCAUGACCAUGUCUGUUUGAAGCUUGUUUUAUUACAUUUCUGUGAGGUUGAUUUAAAGUUAAUUCCCUCUGGAAUUAUUAUUUGUCGACUCUGUUAGAGCUGAGGACAUUUUAUAUUUGUACAGAUCUCAUUAGUAAUCACUUAAAUUUCUACUGUCCUUCAAGUUUAAUCUAGUGCAAAUAGGCCCUAAGGCUACUGCAUGGAUAUUUUUGCUCAUGUUUGCUAUAGGUGAAAUGUUGUAUUUUAGGAAAACUAUGUAUGUUUGUAAUUAUGAGCCAAAGAAGGCCUUGGAGCUUCACUUUCAGUCUGCAUCUGUUUGUUUUCAUUGUUUGUGUGUGGUAUGGUGAUUUUUUUCAUACUGAAUGAGGCAGCAUUUACCUCCUGUUCCUGUUAUACAGCACCUUAAAAGUAUGUCUGUAUGUGUUCUGUUCUGUGAAUCCGUGUCCAAUCGCACUGAUGUCACUUCCUCUUACUGCUGUGCUUGUGUUUGAAUGCAGUGUGUGUGCGUUUGUGCAUAUGUGUGCGUGUUUGUGAGACAGAGCUUCAGGUUUCCUGAAUGUUAGCAUUAAAACCAGAUGCUUUCAGUCUUAGUAGGCUAAGUACCUGCUUAAGAACUUAAAUUCUCCAGGAUUUAACUUGUGAUCCAGUGGCUGCCAUAACUGAACCUCUGGAGCUUUACCUUUUAGACCCUCAGUUAAUUUGCCCAUCUUACCAAUAGCAUCAUGACAGAAAGAGUAAGAGUGUUAAUUUAUUUUUUUUUCCAAACGUAAGAAAAAAUUUAACUGGCGACAGGAGAGCGAAGGUACAGUGUAGAGUGUGUGUGAUGUUUAUCUCCUAAUGGAACAGCUCGUAUUUCACUUGUGGAUCCAGGUUGCUGAUGGGAUCAGAGGUUUUGUCCAGAAAUUCUCAGACUUGAGAAUUCAUAGGAGUUUGUGGAAGAGACUGUUCAGUGUACUUUGUCAUGGCUUAAUGAUAGUAUAAGUUGAAUUCUUAAAGAGAGUGACUGUGAAUGAGCUUACUUUUGUACAUACAUACUAUGCAAAUGUUUUAAGCACCUGAGAAAAUUACAUUUUAUAUAUAUCAUUAUUUACUUUUAACCAUUUUUAAUAGGAGUUAAUUUAGGAGAUAAUUUUUUUGGGGUCAAUACCGAUAUUAGUAACCAAGGACAUCAUUAACCAAUAUUGGGGCUGAUUUCACCGUUCUGUGAAAGACUGCGCAGGCAAAUAGUGCAAUUCAGGAAUAACGUUUCUUAGUGGAAAAUAGCAAAGAACUUAGGGAUUUCAUCAUCUACGGUACAUAAUAUCAUU